CCUUCAGCUGAUGGGUUUCCCUCUGCUCUCAUACGGCAUAAAAAGGAGCGAGACGCCCGCGGUCGGUCCUCUCUGUUUAUCCACCGCUGCAUGUCGUACUUGUUCGCCAAAGGGCUCGCUUUGACUUAAACGACCAGCAUUUCCACUCGAGUCAAUCUCGCGACAAACAAACAAGCACACACACACCGGCAGAGACGCAUAAGAGACUAAGAUCAUGGUUCAGCUGUCGCCGUCUCGGUCUAUAGAGACAUUGACUCCUUUAGAAAUGGAGAUGGAUGGUGGACAGGGCAGCCCCAAAUCGGAUUCCCCUGGAUCUUUUACCACCCUCCAGCUCACCCUUAGCCCUUCCACGACCACCUAUUACGGCUACGAAAAGUAUAUCGAGGAUGGCCUUAUCUGCCUUAAGCACAAGAUUCGUAACAUUGAGAAAAAGAAGCUGAAACUGGAAAGCUACAGUGAGAGGCUGAAGAAUGGGGAGAAACUGAAUGAAGACCAAAUGGAAGCUGUGGGGAAGUUCGAUGAGGUGGUCCAUAAUCUCAAAUUUGCCAAAGAGCUGGAGAGAACCCUUGGUGCCCUCACACAGGAUCUGCUAAAGGCCCAACGCAAAGCUGUCCGUCUAGAGAAGAUGGUGAGGAUCGAGACCGAAAAGACACAUCUGAGCUUGAUGCUCCAGAUGCAAUAUGUCCUUCAUAGUCUGCAAAGAGAAGAUGUCCGGAAGAAGUUCCGCAACAUGACAACACACUCCUGUUACCUGUCUGCAAAGGACAUGGACAGUCUGUUAGUUCUUGCAUCAUUAAUGGGAUGCAAAAGAGACCAUACAAAGAGUUUGAAGGAUCAGAUGGAACGGGCUACUGUUGUUUACUGGGAGCUGCUGGAAGGGAAAGAAAAACCAGUUGCUGGCUCAACUUAUAAAAACAUGAAGGAGAAGCUGCUUCGACUUGUGGAUUGUGGCUUCUUUGAUCACGUACAACUACAAAAUGAGAGUCAAGAGAAAUCUGAGAACCGAAAAUCUGAUCCUCCAACCCCACAGCCUAGCCUUUCCUCUCUGGUGAAGCCGAGUUUGAUAGAAGUGCCUUCAAAAGAGUUUCUUAACAGACGUUAUACAGUCGAGUGUAACGUCAGCAAGCGCGGUAAGGGAGAGAAUACACCGCCCCGUAGUUGGAAGGAGGAGUUUUUGGCAAUGAAGGAAAGGGAGCCGCCAGACUCAUGGGAAAUGGAGUUUUCUGAUGCUCUUGUAGCACCCCAGCCCUCUGUACAGAAGCCAUUGAAAGGAGCAGCAGGGUUGAUCCCCAAGACCCCAGAGGUUAUGAAGAGGCCCAUUAGUGACCCCAAAGAGAAACGACAGCAGAAGAGCAAGGGGGAGAAUGACUCUAAAUCUAAGCCUGUUGAGGUUGAAGUUUUCGGCUCUCCGUCUCUGUUACCUAAAGAUCCUGUUCAGCGCAAACAGCAGCUGGAGUCCCUGAUGGAUCAGAUCUCUGGAUCCUUCAGCUUUAUGCAGGAGUCUCUUCUGGAUGGGGAAAAUUCUCCAUGUAGCAGCCGAGCUAAGAGAGGCCGGCAGUCUCCUGCAUCAUCUACUCCCAUAGCACAAAGGGAAUUUACAAGUCCGUCAGAUAUUCUGCCUCAGUCCCAGCGUAGCACUCCGCUACAUAUUCUGCUUUCUGGAGAACCUAAAGGCUGUCUGUCGAAUGGUGACCGGUCGAUAACUGGCUCUGAUCUCAGUCUGCACAAUAAAGAUGAGCCACAAAAACAAAGUGAGGGCUUCACCUCUCCACCUCUGUACCGCAGAGGAUCGUCCAUUUCAAACCCUCUGGAAAACAAGAGCUCUGUACAGGCAGGAAAGCAGACGUUAUGCAAUGGGAUGUCAACCUCGGUGUCUGCGCAGACGUUUACAACUCCUCCGAAUUGUCAAUCUAUCAGUCCAGAAAAUACUUUCCGCAACAUUCACUCUGUGUUCAGUGUGGCCUCUUUACCCGUCAGUAAGGGCUCGGAGAUGAAGUCGGAUGAGAGUGGAUUCUCUGAAUCCAUGCAUCUGAGUUACUCUACAGCCCAAACACCAAGUUUCUCCACUGCUAGCACCCAAACGCCACCCGAACUCAACCUGCCUGAAGAUGAACUCCAAAUUGAGAGCCAGUACCAGUUUGAGUGUCCGGUCAGCGCAGGCGGUCAUGUGUUCUCUGCCCCUCAGCCACAGUCUCGUCUGGGUCAGGGGAGCUACACCCACGGGACAGCGAGAGGUAUGACGCGUGCAGGCAGGGGUUUUCUUCACUCAUACAGAUCACCUGGUUGCUUCAGAGGUUAUGAGGCUCACAGAGUGAAUGUACGCCAUGCACACAGAGACCCUGCAUCUUCCCUUUAUGUAUCCAGAGACAACGGGUACCAGCAGAACUUCAAACAUAGUGGAGGCACAGCAACACAAAGGAACAGUGUUGGUUGGAGCGACUCAUCACAAGUGAGCAGUCCGGACAGAGAGGGAGCAUAUCCGUUCGACUCUGGAAUGAGCGACACGCUUUCAAUCGCACCGAUGGAAGUACCCAUCAACGCUCAGGGACCGCACACUCUGAUGCCCGUUCACGUGUACCCGCUAGCCCAACUCCGCGUGGCCUUCUCUGCUGCCCGCUCUGCCAACUUUGCGCCAGGCACUCUGGAUCAGCCAAUCGCCUUCGAACUACUGCAUACCAAUAUUGGUGAAAUGUUCGACACGGCCACCGGGCGUUUCACCUGCCCCGCUUCGGGCACUUACGUUUUCAUCUUCCACAUCCUGAAGCUGGCAGUUAGCGUGCCACUGUACAUCAACCUCAUGCGCAAUGAAGAGGUGAUGGUGUCUGCAUACGCUAACGAUGGAGCUCCGGAUCACGAGACCGCUAGCAACCAUGUGGUCCUACAGCUGUUCCAGGGAGACCAGGUGUGGCUCCGACUUCAUCGUGGCGCCAUCUAUGGCAGCAGUUGGAAAUACAGCACCUUUUCGGGUUUCUUGCUGUACCAGGACUGAUCGUCUGUCUCUAUAAUAUAGGCACAAAAAAGGAUGGGGCAUUUUUGAUCUAUUGAAGGCUCUAGUUACGGCACUUUUUGCGCUUUUGGUUAAGCAUGGUGCAACUGCAUGUAGGAAAGUUCACGCUCAAUAGUUCAGUCAGUGUUGAGGCCAAUGUAAAAGAUUUGCUGUUGAAAGUUUACAUGGGUUUAUUCAGGUUUUUUUUCUUAACAGUGAUUUGAGGCUUUACUGUAUACUAGACGCACACUUGUAACUCAAAGUAGCUGCAUUUCAAAUGCACUUCAUUGAAAAUCCUACCAAUUCAGAAGCGACUGAGUUUAUCCUGCUGUUCAGUACGUGACCCUGUAUGCUUGCUUGCAGAUUGUAUUUCGCAGCCAUAGAAAGGUUUGAUGCCUUUGUUAACGGGGGUCAAAGAAUGGAGGAUUUUUUUCUGGUAAUACUUGACAUGAAGCACUUUAUAAAGGGACUUUGUGGCCUUGUUGUAUCUGGGUGUAUGCGUGUAUCUGUAAGUUUGUAUGUCUGUGUCCAUGUUGAAAAACACUUGAAUACAGACUCUGCCAAAAUGGCUCCCUCUUGUGCCUGAAUAAAAUUGUGCAGUUCA